CAUGGAGACGGGAUGCAGGACCGUUCGGAUGCUGCUGAGGAGGCAAAGGAUAGAGAGAGAAGUGUGCUCGUAUAUAUUUGGCUAUAGCAUCGGCUGUUAUAGGGUUAAGUAAUUUUGCAGAGAUGGUUACAAUAGAUGGUGGACUGAGUCGAGGUGUGUGCACGUGUUACUAGCACAUUUGAUCUUCACAUCGAAUCAGCCUCCAUAGUCCUCCAUCCUCCUGGACCCCAUCUUACCGGCUGACUAUACUCGCGAUGUUAAAGCCUCAAACCCCUCCCAUCUCUGCUCAAGAGCCAUGCAGCGCUGUCUGAUGGAUGCUGGAAAUAUACACGUAGUCUAGUCUACUGCCAUGGCGCCUAGAUUCCAGGUGAAGUCUAACAUGAAGAGCCUGGAGCAUGAGCUGCAUUGCACUGUGUGUAAGGACAUAGUCAAACAGCCCGUGGUCCUGCCAUGCCAGCACAGCGUCUGCCUCAUGUGUGCCUCGGAGGUCUUGGUGGCAAACGGCUACCCGCCUCCGGAUCUUCCCCCAGAGCCAAACUCCCCAGCCUCCACACCCAACACCCGCUCACCCCGCCAGGCCCGGAGGCCUACACCUAAAGCUGAGCAGCGACCUAUUGACCGCGUGCUGCGGGCAGGUCCCCACCCGCCUUCGCCCUCCAUGCCCCGGUCUCCGGGAUAUGGGACGUAUCCAGGGAGACGCCGUAAGGAGGGCCCACCCCUGGUGAUGAUGUUCCCCUGUAUCCCCUGCGGCCGAGACGUGGAGCUGGGAGAGAAGGGCCUCACUGACUGUCUGCGCAACCUCACCUUGGAGCGUAUAGUAGAGAGGUACAGACACACAGUGAGUCUGGGCAGCGUUGCUGUGAUGUGCCAGUUCUGUAAGCCUCCUCAAGCUCUGGAGGCCACCAAGGGCUGCGCCGACUGCAGGUCCAAUUUCUGCAACGAGUGUUUCAAGCUGUAUCACCCGUGGGGGACGCCGCGGGCGCAGCAUGAACAUAUCCAGCCUACACUCAACUUCAGACCAAAGGUUCUGACCUGUCCGGAGCAUGACCAGGAGAAACUACAGUUCUAUUGUCGGUCCUGUCAGCGGCUGCUCUGCCCUCUCUGCAAACUGCGCCGCAUUCACACCGGACACAAAAUCCUGCCAGUGGCCCACGCAUACCAAGCCCUGAAGGAAAAGAUUACGAAGGAGAUGAACUACAUUCUGUCCAACCAGGACACAGUGUUGGCUCAGAUUACCCAGCUGGAGAGUUCCAUCACUCAGACGGAGGUAAACAGUGUGUCAGCCAGAGAGCAGCUGGCUCAGAGCAUCAGGGAUCUGACGGCCGCUCUGGCCGAGCGCCACAGCUCGCUCACCCAGGCCCUGGAGGCGGCGCGCAAGAAACGAGGAGAGGCGUUGUCUGCUCAAGUGUCGGAGAGACGAGGCUUGAUGGAACACGCGGGCCUCAUGGCGUUUACCCAGGAGCUGCUGAAAGAAACAGACCAACCCUGCUUUGUGCAGGCUGCUCGCCAGACUCAUAACAGAUUCAGCAAAGCAAUUGAGAAUCUCCAGCAUUUCACUCUGGCUGCUGACCCGUCAUUCAGACACUUCCAGCUGGACGUCUCCAAAGAACUCAAACUCCUGACAGAGUUGAACUUCAUCCAGGCUCCACUGGCUCCAGUGAUUGACACCCAGCAUACCCUGGCCUACGACCAGCUCUUCCUGUGCUGGCGACUGCCCCAAGACUCUGCAACCGCCUGGCACUUCUCCGUUGAGUAUCGCCGUCGUGGCGUGGUACCGGGGGGAGCGUCCAGAGGCGGGAUCAGAGGAGGGUUGGCCGCCGCCCGCUGGGGCUGGCAGCGAAUGGAUGAAGUGAGCGGGACCAGCGCUGUGAUCGACAGGUUGGAGAUGGACAGCGUGUACGUGCUGCGGGUGAGAGGCUGCAACAAGGCGGGUUACGGGGAGUACAGCGAGGAGGUGUACCUUCACACCCCGCCCGCACCAGUGCUCAACUUCUACCUGGACUCUCGCUGGGGUCUCCAUGCCGACCGUCUGGUGGUCAGUAAAGAGCAGCGCUGUGCCCGCAGCGUCCCCGGUCUCUCCCUGCUGCAGGCCGCUGACCACGCCCUCACUUCCUGUCACCUGACCUCAGACCUCCUGGUGGGGGAUGUGGCUAUCACACAGGGGCGGCACUACUGGGCAUGCUCAGUGGAGCCUGGGUCUUACCUAGUGAAGGUGGGAGUCGGUCUGGAAUCUAAACUGCAGGAGUGGUUUCACCUUCCACAAGACAUGGCCAGUCCCCGCUACGACCCAGACAGCGGUCAUGACAGCGGAGCAGAGGACGCUCUGGACUCCGCUCCACCAUUCUGCUUCCUCACUAUGGGGAUGGGUAAGAUCUACCUGCCCCAGCACAACUACCACCACCACCAACAACAACACCACCACAGCAGCCACGGGAACGGCAUCCGAGACCCCAUCACCAACGGCAACGGCCCCUCCUCGCCCACGGGCCUCACCUACCCGCUGCCGCCCCGGCUCGGCGUGUGCCUUGACUUUGAGAAGGGUCGCGUCACCUUCUACGACGCCCACUCCCUCCGACCUCUGUGGGAAGGUCACGUGGAUUGCUCCGGCCCCGUGUGCCCGGCUUUCUGUUUCAUUGGUGGAGGGGCUCUACAGCUGCAGGAGCUGGUGGCCAAUCGCAACGCAGAUCAGACUCCGGUCCGGAGGGUAACCAUCCAACCCAGAGGCUCGAAUUUAAACAACAACUGAUCUGAGGUCUUAUGGUAAAAUUUGGAAUGUAAUUGGUAAUUGUGAAGUAUUUACUCAGCUAGAGCGAAAAGUUAGACAUCUCAGCGAUUUUUGUUUUGUAUUUAAUUUUCUUUGUAUAAGAAAAUGUUUCUAUAGCAACGAAUAUGCAAUGUAAUUAAGUUUCUUACAUUUUUGUUAUAUGCAGUUUUGCAAGAGUUAUCGCUUAAGUAGUGUUUGGUACAUCCGGCACUUAAUUAUAUCUUUGAUGCUUGUAGCCAGGCUAUAUUGCAAACAUUUAUAAAGCUAUGUAGAUACAGCAGCACACAAUGUCGUCCUUCCUGUAGAAGCUUUUACUCUGUUAUUUCAUGCCCUGAAUGUUAAAAGCUUAUGUUUUAGAGAUAUGAACACUAUGUAAAAAAAAAAAAAAAAGAAGAAAAAAGGCCACGACUAUUUUAUUGCAUCUAUAACUAAACUUGUGUUUAACCACACAGAUUUCACCCGUUAUGAUCCCCAACCAAAGUGUUUUUCUGGGAUGUAAAUGUGGUAAAUUAGAGAUAGAGAGGAACAAUGAGGCGAUACUGUAAUUAGAAGCUCCAAUUAUACCUCUGCUGCACAGCUAAUCACUAGUUUCCGCCGUUCUGUUUGUGCAGUUUUGUAUUUCAAAUGAUGCGUGUGUGUGUGCAUGAGUGUGUUUGCGUCCCCUAUGCGCAUGGGUGCGUGUGUGGUUUGACUGAUAACAGCAUUGGUUCAUUGGCUGACAGUAAAAAGUUUUUUUUUUCGCAAACAAUACUUCUGAUUUUUUUUUUUUUUUCUGCAACCUUUGCUUGAUUGUAAGUUAAUGAGCAGCGCUUCUUAUGAAACGAUUAGCAGAUUAAAUCCAUGUAAACUUCACCUGCUGGCAGAAUAUUUGCAAAAAGAAAAAAAUGGAUUAAGGAAAUAAACGCUGAAUAAAUGCAAAUUGUUUAAAUUA